GGAAUGGCGAAUGCGCCUCGAAAAGGUCCAUACCGGUGUUAGUUGGAAAGUGGCCCGAUCUGGUCUGGUAAGUGUGCCAGAUUCAUUUUUAAUUAAAAACCGGUUUGGUUGUGGCGGAUGAGUCCAAUGGGAGCGAGUGAGGCAGAAAUGGGGGGGCCUUCGGCCUUGGCCGGCUCCCUUGCUGGCGGCGCAUUGAUCCUAGUGGCCUCUCGCUCGCGCUCAUGGCCGUUCCCUAGUGCCGUCCUUGUCGGCUGUUUAUUUGCGUGUAGGUCUUCCAGCCAGUCGGUCGCCCAACAGGCUGCCAUUUGUUUAUCCCGUUUGGAGCGGUUUUUCUGGAGUGGUUCUGGACAGUCCCGGCGUGCACCCCAAUGGGCGCUCCCAUCGCGACCAGCAAAGGCGCCCACUAUGACCGAUCGGGAGGACUCCAUGGACGAUGACGUUUUUGAGGCUGUGGAGGCGCGUCUAGAGGUGCCGGAGGACGGGCAGCGGGGCACCCACUCCCCCACCGGCUACCGCGGGUACCAGCCCUCUAUCGACGUCAUCAACCUGUGCAACCAAUUAGAGGACGCCGAGGUGCCAGUGCACAAGACUAUUUUGCUAGGGGACAGUGGCGUCGGGAAAACCUCCCUGCUGGUGAAGUUCGACACCGGCAAGUUCGAGUCCAGCAAGUUCUCCGCCACUGUGGGCAUCGGAUUCACGACCAAAGUGGUGCAGGUCGAUGACAGCAAGGUGAAACUGCAAAUUUGGGACACCGCAGGUCAGGAGCGGUUCCGGUGCGUCACCCAUGCCUACUACCGGGACGCCCAUGCCCUUUUGCUCCUCUACGACGUAACGAACAAGAAGAGCUUCGACAACAUUAGGGCGUGGCUGGGCGAGAUCAAGGAUUACGCGCAUGAUGACGUCGUCAUCAUGCUUCUAGGCAACAAGGCCGACUGCGGGAGUGACAGGGCAAUAAAACGUGAGGAAGGCGAGCGCCUGGCUCGAGAGUACCGGGUGACGUUCAUGGAAACUUCUGCCAAGAGUGGACAGAACGUGGAGCUGGCUUUCCACGCCAUUGCCAGGGACCUGACGAGUCGCAGCGCAGCCAACGCUGAUCCGCAGCGCUUCAACGUGCAAGACUACGUGAGGGCGCAGGCGCAGCACGGUCCCGAGUCGCCGCAGUGCGCCGCUUGCGCGUUCUAGCCGGGAGAUGGCGCAGCUGGUGGAGCGGCGCAUUCGCCUCCGGUCCAUCAACAAUCACAUCGCGUGCAAGAUCUGCAAGGGGUACUUGAUCGACGCCACCACCGUCACCGAGUGUCUGCACACAUUUUGCAAAAGCUGCCUGGUGAAGCACCUGGAGGAGAACAACACGUGCCCCAUCUGCAGCAUCGUCAUCCACCAGUCGCAUCCCCUACAGUACAUCAGCUUCGAUCGCACCAUGCAGGACAUCGUCUACAAGCUGGUGCCCAACCUCAUGGAGGUGGAGCUGAGCAGGGAGCGCGAGUUCUACAGAGUGCGCGGCCUGCCCAACCCCAAGGACAUUCCGCUGCAGAACCUGGACCUGAACAGUGAGGAUCUGCAGCACGAUCCGCACGCCGCCUCCGAUUACCAUCGGCAGGACGAGCAGGUGAACGUGUGUCUGGAGUGUAUCAGUGCGAACUUGCGGGCGCUCAAGCGCCGCUACAUCCGCUGCUCGGCGCAGGCCACCAUUCUUCACCUGAAGAAGUUCAUCGCCAUGAAGAUCCUGAACGGGAUGGAUCAGUAUCGGGAAAUCGACAUUCUGUGCAAUGAGGAGCUGCUGGGCAAGGACCACACGCUCAAGUUCGUGGUGGUGACGCGCUGGCGCUUCCAGAACGCGCCGCUCACGCUUCAGUAUCGACCAAAAAUCGACAUUUAAGCGAGUGUUGACUAGGUUUAUUGUGGUUAAUAGAGGCGGGUUUUAGAUUU